AUGGCCGACACUUUGAUCGCAUAUCUGCGUGCAAGUCUGCCCAACGAAGUGGCCGCCCUCGCGGACUCGUACUUGCAGAAGGUCGAAAAUGGCGAAUACGAACAGCUAUUACAAUGUGCUGAAGCACGGGAAAUUCUUGGACACGAACAUGACUCGAAAUUGCAAGGCAUCAAGACCGAAGAUUUCGAUGGUUGGAACGAUUUCAUCUUCCAGCGUCUAGGUGCUUUCCUCGCCGACCGAUCGCAGCCGGAAAGACAAAUCGCCGUGUUCUGCAUCGGAUACGCUGCCUUGCUCGCUUUCGUUCAGUCGAAUGUUACGGGACCGCCGCUGAAGUUUGUGCCUGCAAGCCUUAUCCUUCCAAAGGAUGUAUCCGAGAAUGAGGAGCGCCUUCAAGCCGUCCGCCAAAAGAUGCUUGCUGGAUUCUCAAUUGAUGGAAUCUCUGCUUAUAAGUUGACUCCAAACAUCGAGCUGCUGUGCUUGGCGGAUGCGGUCAUGACAUGCCCUCCAAUAUUGAAGAACAUCAGACCUGCGAGGUGGGCCAAGUUGAGAGUUUCCUUCAUGCACCAGAGAUUACUGUCCGAAGUGUCAUCCACCGUGCAAGAUUCAAUCUACGACGAUCUUCAGCUCUUGGAAGCGGAUCUCGACGGCUUGAGUGAGAACCCUAAACAAUUCAAAGCGGAAUUCUUGCUAGAAAGGUCGACCAUUCACAUUCACCACGGCCUGGACAAGCUCGCGCGUGCCGACUUGGACGAGGCCAAGACACUGCUUCGCUUUGAAUUUGCGCUGACUGGCUUGCUGGGAAAGCGUACAAAGUUUCAGCAAUUCGAAACCAGCCAGCUUGUCGUGCUGGCAAAGAGUGCCUCCGAUGGUGAGAGCUUGGAGACUGCCUCAAACGUCGAGAAUGGUGCUCAAGGCGACACUGCCGCCACGAAACCCACAAAACUCGAUCUCAACGAUGACACUUUGCUGGAGUCGAUAUCGUUUUCCGAGAAAGCUGUGGAUCAGUCAUCGACCGAUGUCAUCUCAAUGGACUCAAUGCCGCCAUCACUCAAAGAACUAGAUCCCGCGAAUCAGCCUCAACUACAGCCUCUCGAUUCGGUCGUACUUUUGUUACUGGCCUCUUCCAUUACCAACACAUCGGCUCAAGACGGACUCACUAGGGAGGAGACUAUCCCAUACGCUACAAGAGUCCUUGAGGGCGGAAGCUCCAACUGGCAAGUAUAUACGCAAGCCCUGCUGGUUCGGAGCAGAAUAGAAGGUCACAGAUCCCGGACUGUUGAGCGUGGCCUGCUGCAGUUACAGGCCUUGGUGGACCAAGUCAUCUCCGAAACCACCGCGGAGGGCUCUUCUGGAAAGGAUACUGCGGCUUCGGAAGUUACAACAUCGACAUUCCUGGCCAGGAGCAAGGAAUCCGAGAGCGCUCCUGUUACUGAACGUGUGAAAUACGUCUUCCAACUCGCAUCACCAACACGAUGGGAGCUUGAGGCAGAAUUGGCAGCACGAUGGGUACAACUCGGCGGCCUUAGGUCUGCUCUCGAAAUCUAUGAGCGCUUGGAAAUGUGGGCAGAGGCAGCCUUGUGUUGGGCGGCGACAGAACGCGAGGAUAAAGCUCAGAGGAUUGUCCGAAGGCAGCUCUUCCAUGCUACAAACGGAGGUCCUGAUGUUGCCGAGACUGKUCUCAGCGAAGAUGAGGAGUGGCAUGGACCUGCACGUCAACCGCCACCGGCCGAUGCACCACGUCUCUACUGCAUUCUUGGUGAUAUCGGUCCUUCGAUCGAAAUGUACGAGAAGGCCUGGGAAGUAUCGAAGCAACGCUAUGCCCGUGCUCAGCGUUCCAUAGGCCGUUACUUCCUCGCGGCAAAGGAUUUUUCAAAAGCGGCAGAGGCUUACGGCAAAAGCCUCAAGGUCAAUCAGCUCAAUCAAAGCAGCUGGUUCGCUCUUGGAUGUGCUCUGCUCGAGUUGGAGCAAUAUCAAAAAGCCGUGGGAGCUUUCUCGCGGGUCGUUCAGCUCGACGAUACUGACGCUGAAGCCUGGAGCAAUCUUGCUGCUGCGUUGUUGAAAACCGACCCAGAAGAUGCACCGCCUACGAAAACCACCGAGGCUAAGGUGAAGCUUGACGAUGAAGAAGAUGAUGCGAUAGAGACCGCUCAGACACCCGCUCAGCGCCACCUGGCGCUGCGCUACGACGCUCUUCAGGCUCUCAAAAGAGCCGCGACUCUUAAACACGAGUCGUACCGCAUCUGGGAGAAUGUCUUGAUCGUAGCCGCCUSGCUGGCUCCACCAGAUUAUGUUUCCGUCCUUGCCGCCCAAAGACGCAUCAUUGACCUACGCGGCAAGACAGAGGGCGAGAAAUGUAUUGACGUUGAGAUUCUGCAGAUGCUGGUCUCCCAUAUCAUCACCAUGAACGAUACGUACGACCCGUCACAGCAUGGAAUCACUCGCAUGAUCGUCAAGUUCAUCGAUGAUACAGUCGUGCCGCUCAUCACGGGCUYAGCGGCUUUGUGGCAGCUGGUGGGGAAGUUGGCGCUAUGGCGAAACAAGCCGACCACUGCUCUCGAUGCGGAAGAGAAGGCGUGGCGUGCGAUUACAAGUCAGCCGGGGUGGGAAACAGAGAGCGAGAAGCRGUGGAAUGAGGUCGUCGAGGCCACUGUUCGAUUAUCCGACUCGUAUGAGAGUCUCGGACCGAAAGAGCGCACAGAAGGUAUGGGAGCCGGAGAGGUCGUGAUGAAGGAUUGGAAAUUCAAGGCUCGGAGCGCUAUCAGAGGUAUUAUGGGUAGGGGGAAGGACAGUUGGGAGGAUACUGAUGGCUGGGAGAGGCUAAAGGAUGUUAUGGAAGGACUGAAAGGUUAA